AUGUCGCCUCCGGCGGACUGGACCAUCGGCUUGAAGCAUCGUCUCAGCUUCGUAGUCGGGUCUUCUAUCUCAAUACCCGGUCCACGUGUACCGCUUUCUGAGCUGCGUAUUCGGGAUGAUCUCUCUGUCGAGAGCAUUUCUCUGAGUACAGACACGAACGCUACAUUGGCAGACUCUCUCUCUGACUCUUCGUUCAAUCACGUCCACGACAUCGUCAGUCACCUUCUGGAACUUGGCCCUUCGAUAGCGGACCCUGCACCUCAUGAUCAACUUCCUCACUCGGAUGCGGCACAGCAUGACAUCAAUCAUGUUCGUGACAGUUUCCCGAAGGCGGCAGAAGCUUUAGUUCUGCGGUUGGGAAGGGCCAAUUGGGAACGCAGACAAUACUUGAUGCAACUGCGCUCGAGACUGGCCGAGGAUCUGCCUGAGGGGCUCAGUCUGAGGCAGAUCGAGGACUAUGACCCAGAGGGUAUCCAAAUUGACAUGUCAGAUGCUACUACCAACAGCCAGACCUCUGUUCAGGAUUCCGGCCCCAGCGGCGAGCUCCUCCUUCGACCACACUCGCCUGGAGGCACAGAAUCGGCUAAACAGACUUCCAGCCGAACUGAUACGUCUGGGUUCCGGUUUUCUCGAGGUGAUGCUACGAUGACGGAGAUUACCGCCCCUUCCAAGACGGACAUGCUGCUUAAAGAAACGUCCACGCCGGACAUGCGUUACAAAAUACUGUCCCGGACAUCAAGACAGCAACAGAAUGGAACAGCCGGCGAGUCAGUCUUCCAGACGCCAGCCUCUUUCGACGAACACAUCGCGACAAAUCACCCUGUCAAGCUCACCCGUACGCAAUUGGCAGCCGUGCGUGAUGCGUGCCAGAGGAAUACUGGCAGAAAGCGCCCUUCGAGUACUUGUCCGCUGUGUCAGAUCACCAUCGAGAGGCACCAUGCUCCGACUUUGGAACGAGCUGUGAAAAAGCAUGUUGCGGAUCACUUGGAGCAGUUAGCGCUUUUCGUAGCUUUGCCAGCUGGUUCAAUGCUGAUGAAAGAAGAUGGCUCCGAGUUCCAGGAUGAUUCGGAUUCAGGCGAUGGUCUCCAGAGCGAGAUCAUGUCCGUACUCUCCAGAGGUACUCGCGUCUCGAAGAGAGACGUUCAACAAGCCAACGUGAAGGCUUUCAUAGCGGAUCAGCAGAGAGCCGCAAUCGAUCACGGGAACAUGCCGAUAGUCCACUCGGAAAGCCCGACAGAGCGAGACAGCACAAUGCCAGGCGUAAGCGAAGCAUUGGCCAGCAACUAUCUCCCAAUCUUCCCCAUGCUUGGACCGAUGCCACCACCCAGCGAACACUUCUACUCACGAGAUACAUUGAUCUCGGCAAUUGGCAAUUCUCUGCACUCUCCCGGCAAUAUCUGUGUCAUACACGGCGUCGGAGGCGUGGGUAAGACUCUGGCUGCUGUCCAGUAUAGCCACAACAAGCAACAACACUACGAUGCCAUAUUCUGGUUACAGGCCGACACUGCGCCUGGUCUGGCAGACUCCUUUGUCCAGAUGGUCGCACUCCUGGGCCUCAGCACUGGUGCAGAUGAUCACGGCCAAGCCAUUGCCAAAGGAAGGAACUGGCUGCAAGAUACAGACAAACGAUGGCUGCUAGUCUUCGACAACGCCCAUGGCUUAGAUGACAUAUCACGCUACUUUCCACAGAUGGUGCAGGGAACCAACGGAUCUGUGAUCAUUACCACACAGUACAAGAACAUCAUCUCCGAAGCGCCCAAUAUUUCGAAAGUACAAAUCGACCCGCUUGACCAGCGAGCUGGCUCUGAGAUGCUUCUUAAAUAUUUGGGCAGAAACAUCCGCGAAGACCCUGAGCGACAACUUGCGAGGGAGAUCUCGGCAUUCGUUGGAGGCUUACCAGUCGCGAUUGCGCAUGUCGCCGGCUACGUCAGCUUCUCAGGUUGCACUCUGGAGGAAAUGAUCGAGACGUUCCGUGAGUGGCGCAAGCGCACUGGUAUCGCUACUGAUGAGCGGGAUGAUCUUCCGGCGACAUUUCGCGAAGCAUCAUUCAGCUAUGAUGGAACCUUGGCCAUGGUAUGGGAGGUCACCUUGAGAGAGCUGACUCAAGACGCAUGUGAUGUGCUCUACAUUCUAGCCUUCCUCAACUGUGCUGCGGUACCACAGAACAUGCUAUGGGGCAUACACGAGGACCCAUUGCUACAGUUCCUCGAUUCGAGAGAACGCAUCAGAAUGCGAAAGAUCAACGAGUCCCUCAUCAAGCGCCGACUAGUAGAUGAUACGGACUCGUGCUUUUCUAUGCACCGUUCGCUGCAGCGAGGCAUUCGUCAGAAACUAUCUCUCGAUCGCAUUCGCCAGCAAAGGGUGUUCAAUCAGGCUGUCGCUGUCGUGCGUGAGGCUUUCCCUCGCUUGAGUAAUCUACAGCAGCCGAGACCAGAGAAGUGGGCCGAAUUGCAAAAGCUUCUACCACAUCUGCAUGCUCUACGCGAUGUGUAUCGCGCCUCCAAAUCUCAAAUCAAAGGAUCGAUCGACUUUGCGCAACUUCUUCUCGACGCUGGAAUGGACCAAUUUGAGCAGGGCAUAGCACAAGAAGGCUUGCUUCUGCUCGACACUUCGGAGACGGUCCUGGACACACUGGACACAACCGCUGCGAUAUCACCUGAAGAUCACAAGGUCAUGAAAGCUGACAUCCACGCUCUGAUGGGCAUCAUGUACGACGAUAUCGGCAUAUCGAAGCGACAAGAAGCGCUGGAACGCAGGGAACUUGCUUUGGAGAUUCGCAAAGAGGUGUCUCGGGACGCGACGACACAGCAACGGAAGUAUGAAAUGCUCCUCUUCAACUCGUGGAUGGAGUACGCCAUCUCCCUACUCCACUAUCAUCGCCAUGAAGACGCGAACCCAAUCAUCGAAUCAUGUUUGGCCAAGUUCAAGGAGUGGGGACCAGAAGACGAAAUCCCGUUUGAGUACGCAAAGUACUACAACAAGAUGGCGUUGGUCAAGAUGUACCAGGGCAAGUUCAGCGAGGCUGUUGAGCAUGCCACCAAAGGAGCACAACUUAUGGAGAAGACUGGAUACAAUAUGUUCGCAAGCCGCUUCAAGUUCGAUUUGGCUUGCAUCACCCUCCAGAGCGGCGAUCUCGAUCGUGCUCUACAGAUACACAAGGAGAUCCACGACCACAGAAUCAAGCUGGUCGGCCCCACCAACCAACUUUCGCUACAUAGCAUGUACGCCAUCGGUGCAAUACACGAGGUCAAGGGAGAUCUCCAUGAAGCUGAAUACUGGUUUUGCCAGGUGCUGGACCAACCACGAAGCUUCUCAUCCUGGCCUGACGAAGCCUACGCGCGAGCUCAGUAUCACCUUAGCCGGGUCCUCCUGGCGCAAGGCAGAGCAGAAGACGUCGAGUAUGCCAACGCUAUGCAGGAAAAGGCUCGCGAGGUCCUGGAUCGUUUGCUACCACUGGAUAUGCCGCCGGAAUUGGAGGGCGUCACUGAUAAGUACAUCUUGUUUGAUCACAUGCUCCCAGUGUCUCCUGGUGGACCUCGCUUCACUGGACGAGGAUUGUUGGAACGUUUUCUGCGCAACACAUCCGCUGCCUGA